UUGACGAACUAGUCGGUCGGCGAGCUAAACAGGCGUAACUCGUUCGCCUCUGUUCAUUAUUCUGAGUCGCGCGUCGCGAGCGGCGCACGCGACAUAAGUCACCGCGUCAUGACCCUGUGACGUGAUAUUAUGAGCAAAGCCGAAGAUUCGGCGGAAGCCGCCGCGCCCAGCGUGGCAAUCCACGUGGAUCAUUAUAACAAUCAAGCUGGAGAAAAUUCAAAACUUCUUGGAUUAAACGCUCCAACGCCGAUAGUGACGCCCUCUGGGCAAAUGCGAAAAGUGAAGAGCUUCACCGAUACACAUAGAAUUCACGAUGUGGGUGCUGCUUCUGGUGCAGCUUCCGCGCGAUGUCUGCGUCCCUAUGAUAAACCUGAAGUCAACUCAUAUCCUGAAGGUUCAGAGAGCGGUACCAAUUAUGGAGCCCCAUCUGUACGCUCACUUGCAUCGAUUGGAAUGGGUUGCACAGAUGGACGCAAAAUGGUUAUCAGACGAGUACCAACAUCACCAACGGAACUGUUCCAUCUAGUUAGACCACCUACACCACCUGAUGAAGACACAGCAUCCCAUGAGAGCUGCGAAGAAGAGGAAGAAGAUGCAGAAGACCAUCACCUAAAGCCCCGCAGACCAUUCUGGGCCAACAAAAUACAGUUUGUUUUAGCCUGCGUAGGAUAUUCCGUGGGCCUCGGCAAUGUAUGGCGUUUUCCAUAUCUGUGUUACAAAAGUGGUGGAGGUGCUUUCCUUAUUCCAUACUUCAUAAUACUAUUAGUAUGCGGGAUACCUAUGUUGUUUAUGGAGUUAGCUGUAGGACAAUAUACUGCCCAUGGACCAAUCGGCGCCUUAUCACAAAUAUGCCCGCUUUUUAAAGGUGCUGGCCUAGCGAGCGUUGUGAUCUCUUUUCUAAUGUCAACAUAUUAUGCUGUGAUAAUUGCAUGGGCUAUCUACUAUUUCUUUACCUCAUUCAAAUCCGAAAUGCCAUGGGCAAGCUGCUCCAACAGGUGGAAUACGCCUCAGUGUUGGGUACCACAUCACAACCUCACUAAGCCCAACGGCUCGCAAACGCCAACGGAACAAUUCUUCGAGAAAAAAGUCUUGAGCAUGAGUGAUGGAAUAGAAUACCCUGGUAGCAUGCGGUGGGAAUUGGCAGCUUGCUUGGUCUGUGCUUGGGUGUUAGUGUACUUCGCCCUAUGGAAAAGUAUCAAAUCAUCAGCCAAAGUUCGUUACAUCACCACAACACUGCCUUUUCUCCUGAUUAUUGUUUUCCUUGGUAGAUCUUUAACACUAGAAGGAGCAGAUAUGGGCUUAAGAUUCUUCUUCAAACCAGAAUGGGAACUUUUAAAACAGUCCAGACCUUGGGUUAAUGCAGCAUCACAAAUCUUUAACUCAAUCGGCAUAGCAUUUGGGUCUAUGAUAAUGUUCGCUUCAUAUAACCGAUUUGACAACAAUUUUCUCCACGACACGGUGGCGGUGUCACUGAUCAAUGCGGUUACCAGUCUCAUAGUAGGAAUUUUUACCUUUGCUACUAUCGGAAAUAUUGCUUUCGAACAGAACACCAAUGUGAAGGACGUCAUUGCUGAUAGUCCGGGUUUGCUUUUUGUUGUAUACCCUCAAGCAAUUGCGAAAAUGCCGGCAUCACAACUGUGGGCUGUGUUAUUCUUCUUUAUGUUCCUUUGUCUUGGACUUAAUAGUCAGUUUGCAAUAGUUGAAGUGGUGGUUACAUCCAUACAAGACGGAUUUCCUGAUAUGAUACGCAAGAGGCUCGUGUAUCAUGAACUAUUAGUGUUAUGUGUGUGUGUGGUAUCUCUAUUCUUCGGAUUGCCUCACAUCUUACAAAGCGGCAUAUAUAUAUUCCAGCUAAUGGAUUACUAUGCGGCAUCUCUCAGUAUUACGUAUCUCGCCUUUUUUGAAGUCGUUGCCAUAGCAUGGCUGUAUGGCGUGGGGAGAUUAUCUCGAAACAUUAAACGGAUGACAGGUCGACGUCCGUCAUUCUACUUCCGAUUUUGCUGGCUAGUGGCAACACCGGCCCUACUACUAGCACUGUGGGUGGCCAGUCUAGUGGACUACACACCACCUAGCUACCGGCAGCAUGUGUAUCCCGCGUGGGCACAGGUUCUAGGAUGGACUAUCGCUUCAUUCUCCUUGCUCUGUAUACCAGUGUAUGCAGUCGUGAUCGUAAUGAGAUCUCCUGGAAAGAAUUUAGGAGAGAAAUUACGUAACUCCAUACGACCAACUCCUCUGUGUGAAUGUGGCAUCAACGGAUGUGAUAUAUGCUACUCUGAGUCUGAGCCUCCGGAUGACAAGACGAACAUCAACUAGUCUAGUUUAGGUAAUUAAAAAUAAAAAGAAAUUUUGCAGUCACGAAGAUUAUUCUCAUCAACGAUAUCAUAAAUAAAUAAAACCAUGAUAAUACGAUCCUCCCUCCUUUUAUCAUACUAUUAAUGACAUUGAGAGACCGCACUCGACCUAAAACAAUUAGAUAUCAAGCGUCAGUGACAUAGUUUUUUGUAGGUAAGUACUUACUGGAAGACGUAUGUCACUUGGAAUCACUCCGAUUGAACUAGAUAACAACAAUGAAAUAAAUAAAUAAUAAACAAAAAUAAGUAAAUAAUAAUUUGGAGUCUCAAAAUUGUUUUUCUAUAAGUAUCAAUUAAGUGUAAACAUCUUAGAUUAACAAAUUCUAAGAGAAACAUAGUAUCUAGGAAUACAUUAAAUAUUUAGAUAAAAGAAUAAUUUAUAUUGACUGGUACUAGGUAGGUACACUGAUCACCAAACAUGCUUUUUUUGAUUUUUCUGAUUUUGUCUUGUAUUUAAGCAAUACGUAAUAACUACUGAAUCCUAUUUUUAACGCCAAACUGGACAUUGAACUACAAACAUACUAUCACACAAAUAAACCAAGUGGCAAUCCUAGAAAUAACCAAGAUGUCAGCCAAAUACUAUACCACGAUAAUUUCUUAUUGACCGAUAUUUGUUUAAGCAUAUUAAACUAAAAUUAAAAAGAAAAAAAUUAAUGAUAAAAAUAUACACGACUAUAUAUGUCAUUUAGUCCCAAACUACUAAAAUUAUAAUAUGAAAUUUGGAAUAUUUAGUCUUAGUAUUUAGUACUUUUUACUUGCCUCAGAGUAUGUACGGCCAAUAAAAACAAAAGAUGACUGAUCAUAUUGCACCGUAAAUUACAUUAUCUGUUAUUCCUAUCUACGGUCCGCUGGUAAAUAACGCCAUAUGGUGUUAAGUCAGCCAUUUACAAAAUUUAGGUGUAUUAAAAUUUAAUGUAUUAUCGAAUAAAUAACGAGAAAAUAUUAGACACAAUUUUGUAUGACAUGCUCAUAAUUUAAGAAAUAAAUCGUUACUUGUGAUACCAAAAUCGAUUACAAUCAAUCGUAAAAGACAGCAUUUCUUUUACGAAGUAAAUACACAAUAUACCUAUUAUUACUUACAUUGUAAUUUUCAAACGAUCUCAAAUGUAUUGCAGAGUCGAUGUAUACAAGCGCUUAAAACGAUGAUGAUACAAUACAAAUUAAAUAAAAUACAUUCCAAUAUUAAUAUUUUCAAAAUCUAGAUGUUUUCACGUUCACGUAAAAUAAGUGUACAUAAAAAAAAUUAGAUCUUUCAAGCAAAUAAAAUGGAUACGACGCCUAUGACUAUAUCAAUAAAUCGAACAUAAUCUAAAAAUUUUAGCUUUUACAAUUUAACUAAUAUCUAUUUUAGAUACAAAUUAACAAAAUAAACUUGUGAUUAGAAACAUUCCAAUAACAUAACUUUAAAAGUGAUUUGAUAAGGCAAAUGUUUUCACUAUUAUAUAUAUGUAAAUAAGAUAAAUUCAUAUACCUACUUAGUAAUAGUGGUUGUUAAAUGUGCAUGUUACAGUAAAAACCGAUUUUACUGGCACAAACUACUGUUUACUGGAUGAUUUUGUUACAAGUACAAAAUUAUAUUAGUUAAAAAUGGAUUUAACUCUAAAUCUUCCCUGGAAUUCUUCUAUUUAUCAUAUUUUGUAUCUAACAGAUAUAAAAUUAACUUCCUAAAAACAAAUUUAGGAGAAAUAUUGAAGUGUAAGAUUAUUGCUAGUAAAUAUUAAUUGUAUUCAGCAAAACGUUCAGGUUUUUUAUUUUAAAUAUAAAUGCGUUUAUACUAAAUACGGAUUUUUACUGCAACAUAUAAUUUAGGAUUGUUAACAUUGAAUUCAGACAGAGUAGUACAAUUUGUGAGAUUUUUUUAAAUACAACAUAAGCUUAUGUAAAUAUUUAAACUGUACAUUGUGUAUUUUACUAAAUAGAUAAUACUUGUACUGAGGUUAAAUACGCAUUGCAUAUUUUCAAUUAAUCCACCGCGUAAUUCAAUACCUAACUUAAAGGAAACUAUAAUUUAUUUUUAUUUUUAAUAAACAUAUUUAGUAAUCAAAUUAAAAUUAAAUUAAUUAAAUUGUAUAUUAAAAAUUGGGACAAAAAAUAAAUAAUGAAUUAAAAACAUUCAUUCUAGCUAUAUAUUUAUUUUAAUAAAAAAGAGACAAUUUUGUUUAUUAAAAAUGUCAAUAUGCGAAUUUAAAUGCGCGCAAAAAAAAUAACGUAGUAAAAAUACACAAUGCGUAUUUAUCUAAGAUAAAAUAAAACUAAAUAAAAAAAUUCGAUUGUUUUAUUGUAUUAAUUCUUUACAAAUAAUAAUAUACAUGUAUUUACUUUUUCCUUUUUUUGGGACUUACAUGUAUAUUUUCCUCCUCGUCUUCAUCACCAUCAUUAUCUUCGUCUUCUAUAUCUUCAUCU